AUGAGUAAAGCCUCCCCGGUCGCCUCUCUGGGGCCCCCCGUGGGCCAGGAGGCUUUCACCGAGACGGCUGCCGUCGUGAUGGACAACGGCACCGGCUACACCAAGGCUGGCUUUGCCGGUGAUGACAAGCCCCGAGUGGUGGUGUGCUCCCUGGUGGGUAUCCCAACCCACGCCAGCGACGAGUUUCACAAGGGGCCGGACUACUACAUCGGCAGCGCCAUCCCCAACGACCCCUGGAUCACCAAGACCGCCGUGGUGACGAACGGCAUCGUGACGGACUGGGACGCCCUGGAGAUGCUCUGGCACCACGUCUUCUACCAGGAGCUGCGUGUGGCCCCUGAGGAACACGCCGUGCUCCUGUCCGAUGCUCCCUUGUCCCCCACCACCAACAGGGAGAAAAGUGCCGAGCUCCUGUUUGAGGGCUUCUGUGUACCGGCCAUGUACGUGGCCCACCAGUCCUUGCUCUCCCUCUAUUCCACGGGGAGGACCACCGGGCUGAUCAUAGAGUCCGGCCUGGGGGUCUCCUACACAGCCCCCAUCCACAACGGCUACACCAUGCCCCACGCCACCUUCCGGCUGGAUCUAGCUGGCGGGGGCCUGACCGAUUACAUGGCCAAGCUGCUGGAGGAGUGCGGCAACCCCUUCAGCCCCGAGGAGAUGCACAUCGUGAAGAACAUCAAGGAGACUUGCUGCUACGUGGCCCAGGACUUCAACGAGGAGAUGGUGGCCAACGAGAAUGACUACCUCACGGACUACGAGCUGCCCGACGGCCACAUCAUCACCAUUGGCAACGAGCGCUUCCGGUGCCCGGAGUCGCUCUUCAAGCCUGAGGUGGUAGGCCUCACUGACCCGGGCCUCCACAACCUGGCCAUGAAGAGCCUGGAGAAGUGCAAGGCUGAGCACCAGCCCGAGCUCCUCAACAACAUCGUCCUGUCGGGCGGCUCCUCCAUGUUCCCCGGCUUUGCGGAGCGGAUCCAGAGGGAGAUGGGUGAGCUGGCGCCCAACAGGGCCAAGCUCAACGUCUACGCCUCCCCCCAGCGCAAGUUCUCGGUGUGGAUCGGGGGCUCCAUCACCGCCUGCCUCAACACCUUCCAGUCCAUGUGGGUCAGCAGGAGAGACUACGACGAGAAGGGUCCGGUGAUUGUCCAUCGCAAGUGCUUCUGA